AUGAUGCAACCCAACAAUAAUGAAGAAGUAGCACUACCUAGCAGCAAUGGAACAAUAAUGUCUAAUAAUAAUUUACAAUCAAGUGAUAGCAAUGAAAUAGAUAUAGAAGACCCAAUUACCAACCCUUCUAUUUCUUUCUGUUUACAACAUACUAUUACAGCACCUUUUGUUGGACAAGUCUUUAAUACAUGGGAUAAUGUUGAUAAAUAUUUCUAUGAAUAUUCCUGGCAAGAAAAAUUUGUAUUUAUUAAAACAAGAAAUGACCAAGAUCCUCCACCAGAACAAACUUGUCGUCCUAGUCUUUGUGAACUUGCUACUACUUUAGAUUUAAGGCUAAAAGAUGAAGCACAAUAUGUUAAUCAUAAGGAAUGGUACCAUGCUAACACAAGUGCGCAAUUGAAUGGUGCAUCUGCCGAAUGCUUUCCUGAAGUUGAUCAUAUCCUCAAGGAAUAUCUUACUGAAGAAAUACUUUCCUGCCAAAGACAUGAAAUUACACAAUCUCUUUAUUAUUUUACAAUAAUGGAAAUUAAGGAAUUAUCCAAUAAUAAGCAUACUGGAGAAAAUUAUGAUAUACAAAAAAUUCAUCUAACAUCUCUUCUGGAGGAUCUUUCUUCAAAAGAUAUUAUCAAAAUAUAUAAAGCUCAAUGA